AACAGAGGGUGUGCUGGCAGCGGUGACAACAGGGGACAGUGGAAGGAACGCAGGGUCCCCGAGGCUGACCCAGGGAGCCGUCGCCGAGUUCCCACCAUGGACAGCAGGGUGUGGGGUGCCCGCGUCCUCUGCUUGCUGGGCCCCUUGCCGAUUGUCCUGGGCCACGUGCACCCAGAAUGUGACGUCGUCACUCAGCUGAGAGAGGAUGAGCGAGCAUGUCUACAAGCUGCCGAAGGGAUGCCCAACUUCACCUUGGGCUGCCCCAGAAUCUGGGACGGGCUGCUGUGCUGGCCGACGGCGGGCUCCGGCGAGUGGGUGAGCCUCCCCUGCCCAGCUUUCUUCUCUCACUUCAGCUCGGAGCCAGGGGCGGUGAAGAGGGACUGCACCAUCGUAGGCUGGUCAGAGCCCUUCCCGCCUUAUCCCGAGGCCUGCCCUGUGCCCCUGGAGCUGCUGACUGAGGAGAAAUCCUACUUCUCCGUGGUGAGGAUCGUCUACACCAUGGGCCACAGCAUCUCGGCCGCGGCCCUCCUAGUGGCCAUCAUCAUCCUGGUUGCUUUCAGGAGGCUCCACUGCCCCAGGAACUACAUCCACACCCAGCUGUUCAUCACCUUUAUCCUCAAGGCGGGAGCUGUGUUCCUGAAAGACGCCACCCUCUUUCACCACGAGAACACGGACCACUGCAGCCUCUCCACUGUAACAGUUCUGUGCAAGAUUUCUGUGACCACCUCCCAUUUCGCUACCAUGACCAACUUCAGCUGGCUGCUGGCAGAAGCUGUGUACCUGACCUGCCUCUUAGCCUCCACAUUGCCCAGCACGAAGAGGGUCUUCUGGCGGCUGGUUUUCGCUGCCUGGGGGCUUCCUCUGCUCUUCACCGGCAUGUGGGUGGGUUGCAAGUUGGCCUUUGAAGAUGUUGCGUGCUGGGACCUGGACGACAGCUCCCCCUACUGGUGGAUCAUCAAAGGACCCGUCGUCCUCUCUGUUGGGGUGAACUUUGGGCUUUUUCUCAAUAUUAUCCGUAUCCUGCUGAGGAAACUGGAGCCAACUCAGGGCAGCCUCCACACCCAGCCUCAGUACUGGCGUCUCUCUAAGUCAACGCUUCUCCUCAUUCCACUGUUUGGAAUUCACUAUAUCAUUUUCAACUUCCUGCCUGACAGUGCUGGCCUGGACAUCCGCCUCCCCCUAGAACUGGGACUGGGCUCUUUCCAGGGCUUCAUUGUUGCUAUCCUGUACUGCUUCCUCAACCAAGAGGUGAGGACUGAGAUCUCACGGAGAUGGCACGGCCACGAUCCUGAACUUCUGCCAGCCCGGAGGACUCAUAUCAAGUGGACGACGCCUCCACACUCGAGGGUGAAGGUGACUGUUCACGUGCCCUCACAUCCCCGGGCCGGGGAGCCUUUCACCGGGACACACUCUGGGGAGUGAAAGCUGUGCCAGGCCGGCCGAUGUGCCUUUUCUUAACGUGACAGAGUGGUUCCAGAUUGCGCUCCAGAACUGCCAGCGAGAUCUCCACUCCCACCAGCAGCUCCACCAACACUUGGCAUUACCCAGCUUUUCAAUGUUUGCAAGUCAAAUGGGUGUACGGUGACAUCUCCUUGUUUAAAUUUACAUUCCUCUGAUAACUAAUGAGCGAGCAUCUCUUCUCUUCUCGUGCCUGUUAGCCUUUUAGGUUUGUCCUUCUGGAAAAUGCUCAGAUCUCUCUCUUUUCUUUUCUCCAGCGUGGAGGUUCCUCAGGUCUAGGUUUUUCUCUUAUGUCUUCUCCUUUGCCUGCCCUCCUGUGUCCCCAGCCUGCUUCUUCCUCCCACGUCCUCUGCCCAAGUGCUGCCCCCGAAGCAAUGCAGCAUGCUUUUCUUCCUUUAGUCUCAAAUCAGAAAAGUCGUUCAUCCUAUUUGCAGGGCAUUUGGGAGAUAUACAAGGGAUUUUAAAAGAAAAUAAAAAUCAGCCACUGGGCACUUCCCUGGCGGUCCAGUGGUUAACACUUUGCCUUCCAAUGCAGGGGUACAGAUUCCAUUCUUGGUUGGGGAGCUGAGAUCCUACAUGCCUCACAGCCAAAAUCCAAAACGUGAAACAGAGAAGUAUUAUAACAAAUUCAGUAAAGACCUUAAAAAAUGGUCCAUAUAAAAAAAAAGUCAUUAAAUUAAGAAAUCAGUCAUAAUCUCAUUACCCAAAGACAAUAACCACUGAUAUUUUUGUAUGUCUCCUAAAAGAUUUUUCUCCUCUGCUUCUUGAAACAUCUCGAGAUCAUGAUAUGUUCAUAGAUUUGUGUUAUUUCUUAUAUUUAAAAUAAACAUAAAUGAUAUAUAAAAAUGGACAAUAAGCACAUGAAAAGAUGCUCAAUGUCAUCAGUCAUUGGGAAGAUGCAAAUCAAAACCACUCAGUAGAGUGGCUAAAAUG